CGACUAUUUCACGACUCACCGUACAAAAAAAGGCUACAUUCUAUGUUGUAUUAAGUACUCAAACGCUCAUACAUAAUUCCUAGAGCCUUCUCUACAUCACGAACAAACCUAGGAAAUCACGUAACAAGCAUUACAGCAGUCCAGGCGCCUGCUCGUGUGUUGGCUACAUUCCGCACCCCUUUCCGAUCGGAACGUGCAAACGGUCUUGCGACCCUCGCAUGUCAUAAUACCGCAGUAGUUUAUCAUAUUCACAAUGCUGGGAUUCCGGCCGCUGUCCGUCUCGAAGCGGAAACAGAAAUAUAACGAGGUCCCGAACCACGAUCUAGAGGACGGCGAUUACGACGAGAAACGAUAUGACAGCGACGAUGAGAGUUAUGUCUCCUCCGCAGAUUCCACACCAUAUGCUUCAAGAGCAGCCUCGGCUACACAUCCUCCUCGGAGACGAUCGAUAUCGAAGCCAGCCGUGAGCGCAUACAGCUAUCGAAACCCAAGAGCGUUCACAAGAUACCUAGGGCUGGCGGUGGGCACAACCUUGCUUCUCUUCAUGCUGUUCUUGACGAAUGCAAGUGUUUCGUCGAUUAAAAAUGUUCAAUUGGGGCUUAAGAAACCUCCGCCACCUCCGCGGGUGUGGGAAGCCUUUCCCUUCUUGAAAAGGUACCACGGUGGAAUAAGGACAUUGACACCACGGGAAAAGAAUGUACCCGAAUACCCUACAAAGCAAGACAUCGAUCCUGAUGCACCGGAGAGUGACAAUACCGUAAAAAAGGCAAAGGAGAAGCGCGCAGAUGGCAGCAAGAUCCCGCCCUCGGAGGAGUUCAACCCAUUUCCGGAUUACAAGAGCAUUGGUUAUGUCGAUAUCUAUGGACCCGUUGAGCCAUGUUAUCUGGACGAUAAGAAUACCAUCAAGAUUCCUCCGAUGCAGGCAUAUAAGGGUGUUACUGCAGGUACGCCGGACAACGUGAUGGGCUCGUAUGAACUUUUCGGACUCCGCGAUGACGUUUGUUUCGAACGUUUCGGACGCCUUGGCCCGUACGGUCUGGGCUACAGCAGGAAGUAUGGAGGCACUGGCGCGGCUCUGGAGGGCGACCGUGAGGGCAUCGAGAAGGUCUGGAGAGAUGUACCAGAGGUCGACUACCGAAAUGUAAAUUGGGGCGAGGUCACGCGCCGCUGCUUUGAGAAGAACAAGGCCCGCUUCAAGCCCGCACCAGCAGGAAGGGGUCUCUCUUCUAUCAAAGAGCCAACAGAAGAGAAGGAUGUCAAGGACAACAAAGAGAAGAGAGAGGAGGUAGUAAGCAAACCGGCUGUGGACAUACCUGCAACUGAAGUUGCAGAGUCUCCUACGCAGACUCCCGUAGCAACCGCGGAGAAAUUGGCGAAAGAAAAUGUCGAGAAGACCGCAGAGAAGGCUGCAGAGUCAGUCGCAGAGAAACCUACCAUCCAGGCUCAGCCCAAGGCUGAACACAGACACUUGCUUCCUCGCACUGCAGUCUUGAUUAGAACAUGGUGGGACUACAACUAUGACGACGAAGAUCUUCUUUUCCUGCGCUCCCUGAUUGCCGAACUGUCAAUUCAGUCUGGUGGUGAAUACGAUGUACAUUUCCUCGUUCACGUCAAAGAUGAUGACAAACAGAUCUGGGGAGAUGAGGAGGUGUACCAGGAAGUUCUCAAGAAGUCACUGCCAAAGGAGUUUUGGGGCAUGGGUACACUUUGGUCAGAACGCCAAAUGUUUUUGAUAUACGGUGGCAUGGAUCAAGCAGAGUUCCGCAACCUCCCUCUUUACGGCAACUACCGUUCCACAUUCAUGCCGGUCUCAUACUUUGCGUACCAGCAUCCCGAAUACGACCACUUCUGGCAUUGGGAAAUGGAUGUCAGAUACACCGGCCACUACUAUCAUCUAUUCGACAAGAUCUCCAAGUGGGCAUCGAAGCAACCUCGCAAGGGGCUCUGGGAACGCAACUCCCGGUUCUAUGUCCCAGCUGUUCACGGUUCGUGGGAAGAUUUCUCGCAAAUGGUCCGCGUCCAGACAGAGCACGGCACAAACAGCCAAGCCAACAAAUGGUCAUCUCACCUCCCACCCAACCCAAAGAUGCCACACGCAGAGACCCUGAAACCCGAGAAGCCCAUCUGGGGCCCUGAGAUCCCAGAAGACUACCCAGACAUCGAGAUCGACCCGGCCGUCAAGCCAAAGACAACCAUGACAGAAGACAAGCACACCUGGGGAGUCGACGAAGAAGCCGACCUGAUCGUCUUCAACCCACUCUUCGACCCCGACAAGACGAACUGGAUCCUCGCCGAGGACGUGACCGGCUACAACCGCACCCGCGGUUUCCCUCCCCGCCGCACCGCAAUCAACACCUCCGGCCGCCUCUCCCGACGCCUCCUCCUCACCAUGCACCGCGAGCAGACCAUCCACCGCCACACCAUGUUCUCAGAGAUGUGGCCAGCGUCCUGCGCGCUGCACCACGGCCUGAAAGCCGUCUACGCGCCCCACCCGGUCUUCAUCGACCGCAAGUGGCCAGUGCAGUACCUCGCCGCCAUCUUCAACAAUGGGCGCAACGGGGCCAGCGGCGGCGCCCGCCUCUCCGUCUUCUCCGACGAGCGCCAGCACAACUUCCUCGGCACCACGUGGUACUACCACGCGGGUCACGCGCCCAACAUGUGGAAGCGAUGGCUCGGCUACAAGGUCGACGGCGACGGCGGCGAGCAGGAGGAGCUCGCCAAGGAGGGCCGCAUGUGUCUGCCCGCCAUGCUGCUGCACCCGGUCAAGCAGGUGGACCUCGUCAUCGACCGCGAGGGCAGCCAGAUCGAGGAGAAGGAUACGAAGUGGAGGAGGUGACAUGACGAAGGAUGGGUGCUUUGAAGCAAGGUGGAGAGAACGAAGCGAUAUGAAUUGUAAUGAAAUGACUUACACCCCCCUUCUCACUUCAUGGUGUAUCUACUUCCGGAUUCAUGUAAUAGAUCUAUGCCUUGGGUUGUGUCGCUUUUGCAUUGUCAACAUGCAGUGGGAGUUUUCGAGGAUUUCGUCUUGUAUACAUCCAUAUAUCUAUAUACUCUAGCAUACAUCAAGCAGGCGCCGGUAUAAAUCCUUUUCUG